UUUUGCAGAUUUUUAAGGACUUUCAGGAGCCCCUAAAUGCACCUUCGAAAAUUUAGGGAUUUUUGGGGACUUUUAGGGCCGCGUGCGAACCCUGUUUAAGGUUUUUGGGAGUUUCUUGUUGUUGUUCUCCUUCUCAUCUUUCAUGGCAAUCUGCCGAAGGUCCAUCCAUCUUAGUAGUCGGACUAAACUGUAUAUGAUGGGGCUCUUCUCCAGCAACUUUUCUAUCAUGUUUACCAGGAAAGUUUGGCAGCUCAUUCUAAAUUCCUGCGUUACAUGGUCGGUUCCAAUGCCAGAUUUCAGAAGGAGCCUCUCAGCAGCAAAGCCUAUGCCUAGUUUCAAUAAACCCACCCAGUGUGACUUGUCACCCACAUUAAUCUUGACAAGGUUGGUGAGGGAGGCUGCCUUUUCUUUAAGGACUUCAGGCUUGAUGAACUUUUCCAUCAGUCUUGAUGAGGGUGCCCAUGUCCUUUGCGAUGAAGGGAAGCGUAGGCUUGUCAGUCUGGUACACUUUCAGGAAUGGUUCCACCAGCCUGGCGCACAUUAGAAAGAAGUGAAGCUUGGCAACAAAGAUGGGGUCCUGUGCUGCUUUCUGAACAACAGUGAAGGAGCUGUUGGUUGGGCAGGUCACCUUACACAGAAAAUCUUCCACCCCCCCAUCCAGCUGCCUCGCAACCGAUUUGAAAUGAAUUAUGGAGGAUGUGGAGACCCAAGCUUGCAGUCUGCAGCAUACGGCGGGUGGUCAUCUUUUCUAUUUGUUCUUGAAUUGAUUUGUACAGCUUCCAAUUAAUAAAACAAAAGCUUUUGGUGACUGAAGUUGCUGCUGAAUGUCCCAGGAAUUCAGAGGUGAGGUAGCAAGUGCGGACCCGGUCAUCAAUCCACAAUCGCACAUGAAUGUCCAGCUGCUUCUCUUGCAUCUCAUGAUUUAGAGACUCAUCAAAGAGGAGAACUUACUCUGAUUCAGCCUUCACUUUCUGCCUCAGUAGAGAUGAAAAGUCAGCAGCGAUGCCAAAUGUAGCCAGCUAAUGAGCUAAGCUAAACCGGACUAGCAGUCCUAAUAGCCUUCGACGUGCACCAAGACACCAAGACUGAAGGAAGGAUGUUUGAAGACACUAAAGUAGUGAUUGUCGUACUUGGUCGGGACUUACGUAGGUGCUGCUGCUACUACCAGUAUGAGGAGGUCAUAUAUACUGCUGCAUGUACUCGACCGCAGUGUUACCCAGUCAGCGCACGUGUGUGUGUGCGCCUGUCACUCAGAGGCAGAAGAAGGAAGAAGACAGUCAAAAUAUAGAGGAAAUCAGAGUGACGCUGGUGCAGACAUGGACCUGCGCUCUGAGCUACUUAAAUCCAUCUGGUACGGCUUCACGGCACUGGAUCUGGAGAAGAGUGGAAAGGUCUCCAAGUCUCAGCUGAAGGUGUUGUCACACAACCUCUGCACAGUGUUGUGUAUCCCACAUGAUCCAGUUGCUUUGGAGGAGCACUUCCGGGAUGAUGACGACGGUCCAGUCUCCAGUCAGGGUUACAUGCCCUACCUAAAUAAAUACAUCCUUGAUAAGGUAAUUGAAGGGUCAUUCAACAAAGAAGAUGUGGAUGAGUUGUGUUGGACACUGACAGCAAAGAAAAACUACAAACCCAAUACAAGUUCAAGUACAAUUCUGGCAGAGCGAGAUGCAUUUCGGCUUUGGUGUCUUUUUAAUUUUCUGUCGGAGGACAAGUACCCUUUGGUGAUGGUCCCUGAUGAGAUGGAGUACUUGCUCAAGAAGAUUUGCACAGCAAUGAGUGUUGAGUUCAACUGUGUUGAACUGGAGGACAUAUUCUCCCAAGAUAAGGUGCAGCACAGUGGCAUCACUGUUUGGGUUUUCUUGGAGAUGAUGGAUGCAGGAAACGUGGCCAGUGGCAUUGAUAGGAGUGUUAUCAGCAUGGCUAUCGAGGAAGUAUACAAGGAGAUCAUUGGCGAUGUCCUUAAAGAGGGUUAUUUGUGGAAGAGAGGCCAACUCAGAAGAAACUGGAAAGAGCGCUGGUUCACUCUGAAGCCAGGCAACUUGUUCUACUACACUGGGGAAGACCGUAAGGAGUGCCAGGGCAACAUUGCUUUAGAUGGUAACUGCUGUGUGGAGGUAUUGCCAGAUCGUGAUGGUAGAAGGUGCAUGUUUUGUCUAAAAACACUCUCCAAAACAUAUGAGAUGAGCUCAUCAGACACCAAACAGAGACAAGAAUGGAUAACAGCCAUUCAGAUGGCUAUAAGGCUGCACGUGGAGGGGAAGACUUCCCUCCACAAGGACUUAAAGCUGAAGCGGCAUGAGCAGCGUGAGCAGCGCGACAAGCGGCAACAAGCCAAGGAGGAAGAGCUGCAGAGGCUACGAGCUCUUCAGGAGGAACGGGAGUGCAAGCUGGCUGAGCUGGAGCUCUUGAAGGAGGCGCAGAAGCAGGCCCAGGUUCUCCUGGAGCAGAAUGAGGAGAAGAGGCGCCAGCAGCAAGAGGAGCUCCAGCAGAACUUGGAGUUGCGAAUCAGCAUGCAGGCAAAGAUGGUUCUUAAAGAGGAAGAAGCAGAAAGGCAGAGGAAGAGGAUUUGUGAGCUGGAGGAUAUGCAGAAGCAACAGGAGGAAGCACUGCAGCAGGAGAUCAGAGCCAGGCUCGAUGAGGAGGCAUUCCGCUAUACUCAAGCAGGGUUACUUGCUGAGGAGGAGGAAAAAAUGAAGGCUCUGAUGACCCUGCAGGAGGAGCAGGAAGAGUAUAUCCUAAAGACUCAGCGGGAGAAGCAGGAGCUGAAGCAGGAGAUGGAAGCCAAAUGCCGUGCCCUGGAGGAGGCGCAGAGGCAGCUGGAGGAGGUCCGGGCCAACCGGCAUAGGGUUGACCAGGAUGUGGUGGCUGCUCAGAGGAAACUUCGCCAAGCAAGCACCAACGUCAGACACUGGAAUGUUCAGAUGAACAGACUAAUGCGACCAAUUGGGCCCGGGGAUAAAAGACCUUUGUUGGCAAGCUCCCGGUCAUCCUUCCAGAUUCCGAGUGAGAGAGAUCCUGGUCUGUAUCUCAGAAGGAUACCAGCAUCUGAGGAUCAAAAUAAGGAAUGCAAAGAAAAUGUCACUGAUGACUGCAGUUGUGAUGCAGAUUUAAGGAGCCACAAAUCCUACACUUCGAAUGGAGACCCAAACUUCCCCUAAAUGCAAAAGUUAUCCAAGAUGCACUUCCAAUUGAGUGUAUUUUGACUGGAGGGGUAGCCUUUAAAACUGAAGUGAGAGUGUUAUUCAAAUGUUAGAUAUCCCGUGCUCUUUUUUCAGUGUUUUUAAAUCUUUUAAUGAUACACUGUCUCUGCAUUAUUGACCAGUCAAAUCUGAUAUUGAUGCAAAACACACCUCAGGGCUUUGUAUAAAUGGAACUGAGAAUAAUUGCAUUAGUCAUGUUAAAAUGCAGAAGGCUGUACAUGCAGAAAAGCCAACCUAACCUACGCUAACCUAACCUGCUCAUCAGCAUUUCAUAUUUCUGGAGGAGGUGGCUUGAAUUUUCUGUGUAUUAUAAAUAGUGAUUGUAUUAUUUCCUUUAUUAAACAUUUACAAACUCCAAUUCUAAUGAAGUGUAAAAGAAGUAAAACAGAAAAUACAAUUAUUAUAGAAAAAUACAAUUAUUUUUAAAUCCCUUUCAACCUAUAUUUGAUUGAAUACACAAAGACAAUGACAAGAUAUUUAAUAUAGGGG